UCGUGUCUCGAUCUACAAAUAGAUAUUUUUCGCUUAAAUAACAUAAUUUAUCAAUUGGUAUUCAUGUCGUAUUAUUUAAAUUUUGAAUGUAACUAAGCACUCUCUGUGAUUAUAAAUAAACAUAAGAAUGCAUACAUUUGCGCUGGUUAAGAUUAUAUAGGCAUCAUCGUAGGAUAGAUCAGAGAUUUUCAUAAAAUCAAACAUGUUUAUGUAUAACUUUUUGUCUUUGCUUGAGUUAUUUCAUAGGAUACUUUCUUAUAAUAUUUAUACACAUGUUCUAUUAGAGAAUUCUCUUAAUCAUAAGUAGACAGACUUUUCAAAUAAUCGAUUGAAUCAUAUUAAAAAAUUACUUUAAGUCUAAUUUUUUAUUUGUAUUUUUUCUACACCAUAAUAGAUUUUUAGAUUCUAUAUCAAAUCCUCGGGUGCUAUUAUAAUCUAUCUUAAAAAAAAACACUAAAUUAUGUAUCAAUUGAUAGCAGGAAAUAUGAUCAACAAGUGUUAUUUAACUAGGGAAGAGUGGUAUUAUGUGCAUAACUUUAUGUAUAAACAAUAACGUGUUAUCAUAUAAUUGGAUAGUUAAAAAUUAAAAAUAAAACAAUACAUAAUCAUAUAAUAAUAUAUGGUUAAGCAAAUAAUUUUAUCAAAUAGAAAAUAUGAUUUUAUACUAUUGGCUGGCCUAAGGGGGCAUAUUUGUGGUAUGGGCCGGGCCCAAAUAUGACUACCUGUCUGUAGUUAGCAGCCUAAGCCUGUCUUACUAAUGGGCUGGAAUUGCGAAAUAAAAAAACUCAAAGCCAGAAAUUGUCCAGACCCAGCCCAUCCACCAAGUAAAUCGAAGUUAUCUCUUCUCCCUCCAUGAUUGAAGUUGAAGCUUCGAGCAAUUUCAAUUCAACAAUGGCGUCAAUUAUCCCCAAAAAAACAAAAAAGCAGGCGCUGAAAGAGCUGAAAGCCCGAGGGAAACAGCUGCUAGCUAUCAUCAAGAACACAGAUUAAUAAAUAACUUGCCAUUAGUCUUCACAUUCAUCUGUCCAACAUCCCCUCCACGCACCUUCUUGAAUCGCUCCUAUCUCUCCAGUCAUUCUGCACUCCUGUUUUGCUGUAGCUUCCAACCUUUUCUUGGAGAAAAAGGAAAAUCAUGGACUCUACGAAGGACGAUCCUGAGUUCAUACAUAAAACGUGGCUCCGUUCCAAGUUUAAUGAGCUCGUUAAGUCUCUUGUUCAAGUUUUGCUUGCGCCGCAAUCUGAGGAUGCGUUGAGAGUGAGGAGGUUGUGUUGGACACUGAAGGAUAGUGGAAGGUUUCAUUCUGCGACUUAUCAUAAGUUGCUUCAUUCUAUUGUCCACUCUCCAGAAUCCGUUAAUUUUGUUACAGAAUUGUUCGCGUUAAAGUAUUUCAAGUACAUUGACGUUCGCCAAGUUUUAGGGAUUUUUUAUUUCUUUCUCUUGGUGCGGUUAUUUUUCCUGUAUCAGUCUAGAAAAGCUUGCUGGCGCCUUGGAGGCAUAAGAUAUUUCCGGAUUUUCAUCCAAGAAGGUGAUCUUAAAGCAGGUUCAGAGCUAUCAAAAGCAGAACAUAGAAAGCUCACGACUGAGAAAGAUAACAAUGAGGUGUUAUCUGCUGCCACCAUUUCCAAAAAGAUGAAACUAAAAUUCACUGAAGCUUGGAUUUCAUUUCUUAGAUUACAUCUUCCAAUUGAAAUAUACAGACAGGAAGAUGGCAAUGAAUCUGAAAAAGAUUAUUCUAAAGCUCAGGAGAUUGCUGAUAUCGCAGAUGGUUCUAUUACUGUGAGAUAUAUUUCUGCCAGAAAACCUGGCAUUGAUCAUUUCAUCAAUUAGGAGAGUAAUCCUGUGAAGUCUGUGCCAGUAUGCCAUGAGUGAGUAUUCUUCUUAAUUCCUUUUAUGAAUUCUCGUAUUCUAUACUGGGAUAUACUAGCACCUACUUGGCUGCUGAGUGCAAGCACUUGAGGCACGGUGUUCAUCUGUCACUUCUCUUUACUUGCUCCUCUUAUUUCAAUCAUCUUCUUGACCGUAUCCUCAUUUUGGGAUUCAGCAAAAUUAUCGUUUUUGGUAGCAGAUCUAAUCAGAGAACAGAGGAACUUUGAAUGUUUCAUCAUUGAACAAACAAUUAUCUAGAUUGUAGAAAUUUCAUGGCGAUGCCUUUUUUAUACAUUGACCUGAUGAACUAGGAAGAUUGUGGUCCCUUUCCUGUGAACAUUAAGGCUUGAUAAGUUAUGGAAACAUCUUCUUAACUAAAGGAAGAUUGAUUAGCCGGUGGAAUACAUCAUAUGAGUUUCAUUAGACUUGGAUCAGAAUGAUGAUUAUUUCUUCUUGUCAUUAUUUAUAAAUUAUUAAAUGUUAACAUAUUGAUUCUUA